AUGAGUACCGCAAAGUUAGACAUUGAUGGAGUUAUGACCAUCCCAGAUUUACCUGCCCCUUAUCAAUUAUCGAAACUGACAGGUACUACCACAGUUAGUAUUCUUCAAUUAAGAAACAGAUUGAAUGCUAUCAAUAGAGAUAUUGCCGAUAUUGAUAAGAAGCUUAAACAUAAAAGAGUCAAAGGAUGUGGAUAUUAUUUUGAAAUUGCAUUUGGUGUUACACUUUUCUUAGCAUCGUUGGGACUUAUUAUUUUUGUUUGGGUCACUAUUGCUCAAGCAAAAGCUGCCAAAGAUGCAGCAGGAGCAGGAGGAGGUCAAUAG